CCUGGCACAGCGAGCGAGGGGGCUGGGGAAGCCUGCAGUGUCACUGUGGAAAGGAACUGGAGGAUUUCUCCUGCUCAAGCCACCACCAAACGUGUGCUCCCUGCUGAAGUCUGACGAGUCGAUUUUGCAUCGCGGGACCCUCAGAGGAAAGAGACACGGGGCGGGCUUCAGACAAGCGGGCGCGUUUGGUGCACAUAGCGGUGCUUUAGCAGGUAAACUGGGGUCCAAGGUGCGCACUGAGCCGCCUAUGAUACCAACCACACGGAUGGAAAGAACUUUGAUGUUCAACCCUCAUAGAGUUUUGCAAAGGAGGCUGAGAGUAGAGACAGAUUGGCAGUUUAUAUUAUAAUUGACCAGAGGUCCAGCGUACAGAUCAGACACACCGACAGCCGUCAGCCCAACACCGCAUCACAGUCGGCACAAACAGCAGGCAUCCGAGAGUAGGGUUUCAGGAGGAACAGGUCUAGGACCACUUGUGGGAGCGUCAAGAUGUCCAGAGAGGAGCACAGCUUGUCAGAUGUUGAGCUCAGCCCGGGAGUGUCGGACGACAGCCGUUCCCGAUCACCCGGUCGUUCUUCCGGAGCGACCGGCGGGGACGAGUCGCCUCUGCACAGGCAGCAGCUGCUGGUGGGUCUGGAUGACGGAGCAGCGGGGAAUUGCGGCGGUAAAUCCGACGACGAGGACGAGCGCUUCCCGGCGGGUAUCCGCGAGGCCGUGAGUCAGGUGCUCAACUGCUACGACUGGACACUGGUGCCCAUGCCCGUGCGUGUCAACAGCGGGAGCAAGAGCAAGCCGCACGUGAAGAGACCCAUGAACGCCUUCAUGGUGUGGGCGCAGGCGGCGCGCCGAAAACUGGCCGACCAGCACCCGCACUUGCACAACGCGGAGCUCAGCAAGACCCUGGGGAAGCUUUGGAGGCUUCUCAAUGAGAGCGACAAACGACCCUUCAUCGAGGAAGCGGAGAGGCUAAGAAAACAGCACAAGAAGGACUAUCCCGACUACAAAUAUCAACCACGACGCCGCAAGAACGGAAAGCUUGGUUCCGGGUCAGGAAGUGAUGCCGACGGCCAUUCGGAGGGUGAGAUCAAGCAAUCCAUCUAUGAUGGCCACCAUGUGGAUGUGGCCCACACUGGGGGAGCCGGGUCCCCUCCGGCAGAUAGGCACCGCACGCAUGCUGCAGGUGGGCUACCGGCUCCCUCACCCCACCCGACUUGUGUGCUGUUUUCAUCACAACAUCGAAUCAUAGCCUCUUCUUCUGGUUCUUCAGGUCAGAGCCACAGUCCUCCUACACCGCCAACCACACCCAAGACAGAGCCCCAGCCUGGGAAGGCCGCGGACGGAAAGAGGGAGGCCUUUGGCAAUGGGGUGAUCUCCCGUGGCCCAGUAGGAGCAGAAGGUAGCUCAGGUGGGAAGCCUCAUAUUGACUUUGGCAAUGUGGACAUAGGUGAGAUGAGCAGCGAUGUGAUGGCCACAAUGGAGCCUUUUGAUGUCAACGAGUUUGACCAGUACCUUCCCCCCAAUGGCCACCCAGGAGUCGGACAGAUUGCAGGGUCGGGAGCGGCCACGCCUGCGACCACCGCAUCCCAAUACACGUACGGAAUCUCGUCAGCUCUGGCAGCGGCCAGCGGACACUCUGCAGCCUGGAUGUCCAAGCAACAGGCGCAACAUCACAGCUCCCCUCCGAGCUCAGACUCCUCCAAGGCCCAGAUCAAGAGCGAGGCCGGAGGGGCGGGCGCUCACUUUUCAGAGGCGACUUCGGCCGGUUCCCAUGUCACCUACACCCCACUGAGCCUUCCUCACUACAGCUCGGCCUUCCCCUCGCUGGCCGCACGGGCUCAGUUUGCCGACUACGCCGACCAACAAGCAUCAGGGUCCUACUACGCUCACUCCAGCCAGGCAACGGGGUUAUACUCUGCCUUCUCAUACAUGGGCCCCGCUCAGAGGCCCCUGUACACCGCCAUCGCCGACCCACCCGGUGUGCCUCAGUCGCACAGCCCCACACACUGGGAGCAGCCCGUCUACACUACACUGUCGCGGCCAUGACAGAUAACGAAACCAGAGAGCACUGGUGCGGGUCCCGCCCCCACGCCCGACCCGAGAAGCAGCACCUGCAGCAGCGUUGGGGGUGAAAGUGGUCUGGGCCGAGGGGAUUGGGCCGGCAAAGGGGGAGUCGGCUGGGAAGAGACCCUGCUCCGCUCUCGUCCAGAUGCAGAAACGCUGUCACGGGUGAAGGAAGAGUUUGGAGAAUGGUGCUUCGGAAGCACGUUGAUGUCCGCCGUCUCGGAGUCCGUUCAAUACUUCGGUGGCGCCAAGUAACAGUAACAGUCCUGGUUUGAUUUGCAGCAAAUGUCUACCGAACGCUCCGAACAACCCAAAAGGAUCACGUUCCUCUCCGGUUGGCGAUUCCAGACAUAGAAGAAGAACAAUAAAGUCCAACCCCCCCUUGAAGAAAGAAGCAGAAUCAGGCUGUCAUGGUUCCACUACGAAUAAUCACAUGUUAAAUCUAGAAUUAAUGAUAUUAAAGUUGAUUAUGUUGGAUUUACAACAAGAAUGGAGCGCCAAAGUCUUGCUGGUCCAUCCACAUCUCAGGAUGGAGCAGAUGUUACUCUUGGAAUGCUUUCAGGAAAUCAUCACGCUAGCACUGUCACUGCGCACUUACCGGUUAUAUUUCAUUGUGAAUCGCAACCACUUGAGUUAGUCCCUCCCUUUCUGCGACUUAGCCAAGAUGGCAAACGUGCUGAAUUAGGAGUGUUUUAUCAGUUUGGACAGAUAAGCUAAAUAAAUAUGCUAAUAAUCCACAACGACUGAUAAGAUUAGUUGAUGUCAUGUACUUGAAAUUCCAUUUGUAAAACGACCAAAACUUACUUGACACCAAAACGUAUAUAUAAAUAUGUAACUAAGAAACCGCUACCAUGGCAGUUUCUCCCAAUGUGACAUUCCAAGCUACCUUAGAUUAUUAGCUGAAUUAGACUUAGCUUAGCCUAGCCUAGCUUUUUGUAACGACUUCCAAUGUGCUCAUGGCAAAAAGACUCUUAUUUUACAUGUCUUAUUUUAUUUACACCGGCACUGAGGAGACUGAAUGAUUUUAGUUGCAUUUUCACACCCGUGAUGAACCUUCACGGGCAAAAGAAGACUAUUUAUAAUAUCAACACAUAAUAAUUGUUUUGUGUAUUCUUCACUAUGUUCUGCUUUUGUUAUCUCCACUGAAAGUCUAGCGCAGCAUUUACUGUGAAAUGUCUCAUCUUUUUUUUGGAAUUCUGCCCAUCAUUCGCAAUCCCGAUGUGAAACAUGACCACGCUUUGUCUUUUCUGUACGUUCUGAAGCUAACAAUGCACGUAAAGGACACACCUAAUUUGGACUAGAAAUCCCUAAAAAACGUCAACAAUGUUCAAUUUACAUAACGGCUACAGCAAAGGACUAUUUUUCUGGCGUAGUGACGCAGCGCCUCACGCCACUGCCACCCCAAAAUAAUGUGAUAGGACACCAAUCUGGACCGGCUAGGAAACAAAAACAAUUAAUAAACAAUCAGUAAAAUAUUAUCCCACAAUCUUGUUUCCUUCAUACUCUGCUGGAUGAACUGGAUUGUGAUAUCAUGUGUUGUGCGCUAGUUCCUAUCUAUGUGAAAUGGCAAAAAUAAUGUAAGUAUUACAUAUUAUCAUGAAUGGUCACCGCAUGUUGUUUUAUAGGGCUGUGUCCCAUGACGUGCAUUGUUAGCAUCCUCAUGCUAACUGUUUUUCUCUCCUUAGAAAGCAUAGAAAACAGAAAGACGUGUGCUCAUGUUUCACGUAAGGAUCGCGGAUAACGGGCAAAAAUCCCAAAAAGUGCAGUUUUCCUUUAAGAUUGUGCCAAGGUUUUCCCAUAUACUGAACAGUUAAAUAUAUAGCAUAUUUAGGGAUGACAUAUUGGACACAUAUGGCGAUAUUAUGAAGCGUUCCUUUUAUUUUGCUUAUUACUCAUUAAACAGAGAUAGAUAUUCAAUUAUCUUUCAGUACUCCCUGAAUGGACAUGAAAUCGGUACUUUCACUAUGGAGACAUGUACUCUUUCCCCAGCUCACCAAACAUAUAUUUACUUUAGCUUAUUCUACAUUAAAAAUGCUGGAAAAAAACAUUGUAUUGCUUUGUUUCACAUACGUUAUAUACAUAUAAUAUAAUCAUAUUUUACAUUCCCUUGCAUGCAGCCCCCGCUAUUUAAAUUGGAAUCUGUUGAAAUCACUGGUAUUGUAUUUAUACUGGUAAUGCUGGUGACUUUUUCUUUGCAUGGGACUGUUUCACAUGUUUGAUGGUUGUCGGCGAAGCACUGUUUUAAACGUUUUUUUGUGAAUUGAUGAUGACUUGUGCUCACUUGAAAUAAAGCUUU